GCCUCUCCCCUAAAAAUGUUAAUAAUGGAUGAUGGUAUAUAUAGGGUAUAGUAGAUAGAGAGCCAAAACAAUCAUGGAAUCGGUAGGAAGAGGAGCAAUGUGGUUCAUCGCAUUCCGUCGUUGAGGGGGAGAGGCAGCAAAUAAAUGACCCUUCAAAGUCUCCUCCGUUCCUGAUGCACAUUCCUCUUUAAAUAUAGUCAAACCUCCAAAACUUCUAACUUAAGUACAAUCUCUUUCAAUGUCAUUUUUGUCCUUCCAUAACCCAAAAAAAACAUUGCUCAAUUUUUUUUUUUAAAUUUUAUUUUAUACAUGCAGCAUAGUGUCAAUUCAUAAAGGAGAGAGCUUUCUCUACCACAGGAUAUCGGGGCAAAAUAAUGCUGUCAACAACUUUAAAAAAAAUAUAUAUUUUGAUUGGACUGUGAGAUUAGAUAUAUAUAGUAUGCCCAAAUUAUUUUUUUUAUGGGAAACAAUGCAUAGGCUUUUUCAGGUGUUGUUUUUGAUACAAACUUGCAAAAUAGAAAAAAUGGGGUUCUGUUUUUGAUCUUGCAAACGAUAGGCUCAUUAUCAAGGUCAAGAAUUUCAACAUUCUAUUGGUUUCUUGACGCAGAAUCUCACUCUGGGUUUGUGGUGGCUUUCUCUUUCACUUGGAUUUCACCUGCUUUUCGUUUGCGUGGGUGGCAAGAAUCGAUUGGCUGGUUGCUUCAUUCUUCAAGAGGUUGAUCAUCGUUUGUUUGAUGAUGCGUUGUUGAUUGGUAAUCCAAGGUAAAAGGGUUGAAUAGCGUAAAAAUCUGUUUGUAUAUAUCUGUGGGGAGGGGGAAAAAAUUUGAUUGAUUGAUUAUCGUUGGGUUGUUUUAAUGACAAAAUGAUAUUUGGUUGAACAUUGGGUUUUGUUUAAAUUCCGCCUGUGAGUUAUUGAUGAAAGAUGGAUGUGUACUGGUUCGUGAAAAGGGGUGUGCUUUGAUCUUAUUUUGUAGUAACUGAGGAUCAGCCUUAUAAUUUUACCCUUUAUAUUAAGGUCUGGUUUUCUUGCAAUUUGUGAUUUGGUUGGACAAAUUGAAGAUAGAAGAAUUUUGACAAAAAAAUUAUUUCAGUUUAGGAGAAAUACCGAGAAGAUUGAUUUGGAUAAGGGUUUAAUUAAGGUGGAAGCAGUUUCUUGUUUCUAUCGUACCAUAUAGUCUUCAUUGUUGGAUUGAGAUGAAGUGAGAAUUACUUAGAUAGGUGGAUUAGUGUCAAUUAUUCGUUGGUCGGAUUGUGUCUUCAGGCUAUGUAGGUUAUGGUUUGUUACGGGUGCCAAAUGAACAUAGCAUAAUGAAUGAGGGCAGUCGGAUCAUUGGUAGAUGGAUGAUGGAUGCUCCUAACAACAUAUUUUCUGAGCUAGUUAGUUUACUAAAGUCGUGGCUCCCUUGGCAAUCAGAGGCUGCUAAUGUAUCACGGGAUUUUUGGAUGCCCGAUCAUAGCUGCAGAGUAUGCUAUGACUGUGAUGCCCAAUUCACAUUAUUUAACCGUAGACACCAUUGUCGACUCUGUGGCCGAGUUUUCUGUGCCAAGUGUACAGCAAACUCAAUUCCUGCUCCAUCUUAUGACCCACGGAUCCCCCUCGAAGAGCAGGAGAUGAUGCGGGUAUGCGAUUAUUGUUUCAAGCAAUGGAGGCUGGGGAUAUAUACCAAUGAUGGUCAAGUGUGGGUGCCUGACCAGGAUCUUUGUUCCUCAAUGUUGGCCACCAGUAUUACCAGCUCAGUGGCAUUUCGAGCCAGACGAUUCCAACAUUUGCAUCGGAGGUCUAUUCCCAGCCCUCGUUCAGCAAUGAGGCAAGGCAUGUGCAGGCCUAGCCAGAAAACACCCAAGUUUAGCGAUGAUCUUAUUAUGGAUGCAGAAGAUCCAUCUUCCAGCCAAUAUGAGUUUUCAUGGAGCAGCAUUGGAAUUGAUGAUGAGGACGAUGACUACAGUUUAGAUAUGGCCGGUUCUGAUACAAUGCAUUUCUCUGAAGAUAAUGGCUACUAUACGCCUCUUAGUUCUGAUGAGAUGAGCAAUAAUGAUGGAGGAAAUAUUGACUCAAGAAGUUCUGAGGGAAUAUUGACUCAAAAGGUUUGGAUUGAUGAUGAGGAUGAUGAGUACUGCUUAUAUCUGUCUGAUUCUGAGACAUCGCAUUUCUCUGAAGAUGAUGGCUACUAUACUCCUAUUGACUUUGAUGACAUUAGCAAUGAUGAUGAGUCACAGAAAGUUUAUCCUGAUAGAGAAAAUAUCGACUCAAAAAGUUUAAGCACUUCUCCUGUCAACCGUGUUCCUUCACCAGAUGUGGAAGGAAUAUCACAGCUUGUGCAGAAAGAUGAACACGAUGGUGAUGAACAUGAAGCAUCACCUACUUUAUAUGCUGCUGAGCCUGUAGAUUUUGAAAAUGGACUUCUUUGGCUCCCUCCUGAACCAGAAGAUGAAGAAGAUGAGAGGGAAGCUGCUAUGUUUGAAGAAGAGGAUGACGGUGAAGGUGCAAGUGAGUGGGAGUAUUGGCGCAAGUCAAGCAGUUUCGGAAGUGGGGAAUCUCGCUCUAGGGAUAGUAGGUCAAAUGAGGAGCAGAAGAAAGUAACAAAGAAUAUUGUUGAUGGGCAUUUUAGGGCUUUGAUUGCUCAGCUUUUACAGGUCGAGAACCUUCCUUUGGGUGAUGAAUUUAGUAAAGAUAGCUGGUUGGAGAUCAUCACCGCUCUUUCUUGGGAGGCUGCUUCACUUUUGAAGCCAUACACAAGCAAAGGGGGAGAGAUGGACCCAGCUGGAUAUGUUAAAGUGAAAUGCAUAGCUUCUGGGCUUCGCAAUGAGAGUAUGGUUAUCAAGGGAGUUGUUUGCAAGAAAAAUGUUGCUCAUCGAAGAAUGAAUUCAAUAGUAGAGAAACCUCGGUUGAUGAUCCUUGGUGGAGCUCUUGAAUACCAGCGGGUCUCUAACCUAUUGUCAAGUUUUGAUACUUUGUUGCUACAGGAAAUGGAUCAUUUGAAGAUGGCUGUAGCGAAGAUACAUGCACAUAAACCUAAUAUCCUUCUAGUAGAGAAAUCAGUCUCUCGAUUUGCCCAGGAAUAUCUUCUGGAGAAAAACAUAUCACUUGUUCUCAAUAUCAAGAGGCCAUUAUUAGAACGCAUUGCACGCUGCACUGGCGCUCAAAUAGUCCCUUCCAUUGACCAUCUCUUUUCUCAGAAGCUGGGCUACUGUGAAAAAUUUCAUGUUGAGAGGUUCAGGGAAGAUCUUGGCUCUGCUAGGCAAGGAGGGAAGAAAUUGGCCAAGACAUUAAUGUAUUUUGAAGGCUGCCCUAAGCCAUUAGGUUGCACUAUACUGCUUAGGGGUGCAAAUGGAGAUGAAUUGAAGAAAGCCAAGAAUGUAAUCCAAUAUGGAAUUUUUGCAGCUUAUCACUUGGCUUUGGAGACAUCAUUUCUUGCCGAUGAAGGAGCCUCUCUGCCAGAAUUCCCCAACUCUCCAAUGACUGUGGCACUUCCGGAUAAACCAUCAACCUUGGCAAGGUCAAUAUCGACAGUUCCUGGUUUUACUACCCCUGCCAAUGUAAAGCCCCAGGGACCUCAACAUUGUAGUGGACCACAAAGAGCUAACAGUGUUCCAUCGGCAAUCAUCAGUCGCAAUAUUCAGAAGAUAGAAGAAACUCCAGCAUCUUGUUUGAGUAAAGGUACAAGCUUGUGGUCUGUACAACCCACUGUGAAAAAGUCAACUGCCCUUUUAUCAACUACUUCUGAGAAAAUUUCAGAUGCAUUUUCCAAGAAAAGUGAAAUGGGUACCAAAGAAUCCUCAAUGAGGGAAAUUAUGGUGGAAAAAAGUAAGCCAGCUUUCAUGAAUAAUGGUGUCCAGCCGUUAGAAUCUUUGGCACACAUUAACUCGGAGAAUAAUAGCACAGUGGUUGAACUUCAGUCAGGUGGUUCAAAGGCAACAUCUGUGCAACAAGAUGAUAAAAACCAUAAUAACCAAUCUGAAGUGUCAAAACCUUUAAAUGAAGCAUUUCCUUCUGCACCUUCUGAUAAUCAGAGCAUUUUGGUAUCUUUAUCAUCUCGAUGUGUGCGGAAAGGGACUGUCUGCGAAAGAUCCCAUCUCUUUCGGAUCAAAUACUAUGGCAGUUUUGAUAAACCUUUGGGUCGAUUCUUGCGGGAUCAUUUGUUCGAUCAGAGUUUUCGAUGCAAUUCAUGUGACUUGCCUUCAGAAGCACAUGUUCACUGUUAUACUCAUAGACAAGGAACACUCACCAUUUCUGUUAAGAAACUCCCUGAAUUUUUCUUGCCUGGUGAAAAAGAGGGCAAGAUCUGGAUGUGGCAUAGAUGCUUGCAAUGUCCUAGGACCAAUGGUUCUCCUCCGGCGACUCUCAGAAGAGUGAUGUCUGAUGCUGCUUGGGGCUUAUCAUUUGGGAAGUUUUUGGAGCUUAGUUUCUCAAACCAUGCAGCUGCGAGCAGGGUUGCUAGCUGUGGCCAUUCUUUACAUAGAGAUUGUCUUCGUUUCUAUGGAUUUGGGAGAAUGGUGGCUUGCUUUCGGUAUGCAACAAUUGAUGUUCAUUCUGUCUACCUUCCACCUUCAAAACUUGAAUUUGACUAUGAAAAUCAAGAUUGGAUACAGAAAGAAACAGAUAAGGUGGAUAACCAGGCGGAGAUUCUGUUUUCUGAAGUACUAAAGUCCCUAAGGCAAAUUGCUGAAAAACAAAUGGGCUUGGGGCCACUUGAUAGUAACACGGAAACAUCUGAGUCAAGACAUCAAUUUGCUGAAUUAGAAGGAAUAUUACAAAAGGAGAAGCUGGAGUUUGAGGAAUCAUUGCAAAAGUCUUUGAAAAGGGAAGGGAGAAAAGGGCAACCUGUUAUUGACAUUCUUGAAGUUAAUCGGUUGCGUCGGCAGUUACUUUUCCAAUCUUAUAUGUGGGACCAACGCCUGGUUUUUGCAGCCAAAUUAGAAAAUUACAGCACCCAGAACAGUUGCAAUAAUUCAAUUUCAGGACAUGAGGAGAAACCUCCCACUGAAAUUGAGAGGAUCAAGGACAUGGAUAUGUUGAAAGAUGGAAAAGGCUCUGAAUGCAGUGACUCUACUUUGGUGGAUGCAAAGCUCAAUACGGACUAUGAUCAAGGAAAAGUAAAUGGAAACACAAAUCAGUCGGAUGCAGUCCAUCAAGAACCAGGCAUGAACAGAAAUUCAAAUUGUGAAAAUGAAGACUACAAUAAUCUUUCUGUUAGCCAAAGCAUGUUUGAUCAAUAUGACAAUGAUAAGCCUAAGGCAAAUGUGCGCAGGGCCUUGUCAGAAGGCCAGUUUCCUGUGAUAGAAAAUUUGUCGGAUACCCUUGAUGCUGCUUGGACUGGCGAAAUUCGGCGAGGACCUGUAUUAUCUAAGAAAAAUUCAUUUUCACUUCCUGAUUUUUGUGCUGUAGAUUUGCAAGGCGAUUAUGAAGAAAAGAUUGUGCCAAAGGUUGUUCGUUCUGCUUCUCCUGCAUUGUUCAGUAUAGGUUCUGAAAAUAUGGAAGACUUUGUAAGCUGGUUAAAAAUGCCUUUCUUAAGUUUCUACCGUUCAUACAACAAAGACUUUCUAGGAAGUGCUUCAAAGCUUGAUACAUUCAGUGCAUAUGAUCGGUUCAAUGUUUCAUCGUUUAGAGAGUUGGAACUGCAAGAUGGGGCUAGGCUGCUUCUGCCGGUGGGUAUUAAUGACACUGUUAUUCCAGUUUAUGAUGACGAGCUCACAAGUAUGAUAUCUUAUGCUCUAGUAUCGCCUGAAUACCAUUCCCAGCUAAGUGAUGAUGGGGAUAGACCUAAAGACCAGGGGGAUUCAACAGCCUCAGUACCCCUUUCUGAUUCAGUGAAUUUUCAGUUGAGCCAUUCUGUUGAUGAUCUGGCCUUAGAUCCUCAUAGAAGUUUUAGUUCAGCAGAUGGCCUUCUUAGAACUCGCAGCUCCCUGAUUAUUGACCCCCUCUCUCGUACGAAGUCUUUGCAUGUCCGGGUGUCAUUUGGAGAUGAUGGGUCAGAUAAAGUGAAAUAUGUGGUGACUUGUUACUAUGCAAAGUGGUUUGAAACAUUAAGGAAAAUAUGUUGCCCAUCAGAGAUGGAUUUUGUAAGGUCUCUGAGUCGCUGUAAAAAGUGGGGAGCUCAGGGUGGCAAGAGCAAUGCUUUCUUUGCAAAGACCUUGGACGAUCGGUUUAUUGUUAAACAAGUCACAAAGACAGAGUUGGAAUCAUUUCUAAAGUUUGCACCUGAAUAUUUCAAGUACUUGUCUGAAGCAAUUAGAUCUAGAAGUCCAACAUCCCUGGCGAAGAUUCUCGGUAUUUAUCAGGUUACGACAAAGCAACCUAAAGGUGGGAAAGAAUCAAGGAUAGAUGUAUUGGUUAUGGAGAAUCUUCUGUUUAGGAGAAGUGUCACACGGCUCUAUGAUCUCAAAGGAUCUUCUAGAUCUCGUUAUAAUCCUGAUUCUAGUGGAAGCAACAAGGUUCUGCUAGAUCAGAACUUGCUCGAACAAAUGCCGACCUCCCCGAUUUUUGUGGGUAAUAAAGCGAAGCGUUUGUUGGAAAGAGCAGUAUGGAAUGACACUGCUUUCCUUGCAGCAAACGACGUGAUGGAUUACUCAUUACUGGUUGGAGUGGAUGAGGAGAAGCAUGAGUUAGUUCUGGGAACCAUUGAUUUCUUGAGGCAGUAUACCUGGGACAAGCAUCUUGAAACUUGGGUAAAGGCUUCAGGCAUCCUUGGUGGGCCAAAGAAUGCAUCACCCACAGUAAUUUCACCUGAACAAUACAAGAAAAGGUUCAGGAAAGCAAUGUCAACUUAUUUUCUAAUGAUCCCAGAUCAGUGGUCUCCUCCUUCCGUUCCAAGCAAAUCUCAGUCAGAUACAGGUGAAGAGACGGGCCAACGUGGGACCUCAGCUAAGUGAUUCUCAUUCAACAUUCAAAUUUAUAAUUUGGAAGUUGAACUCUACCAUUAUUUUUUCCCUUGUUCAUUUGAUUCUUUCCAUAUUUUGAAGUCUUUUUGAAGAGCAAUUUUUCUUUUACACCAAAAGAGAUCCAUAAAAAUGUUUUUGUUAGUCGAUGCCAAACAAGGCUAUCUAAAGCCAUUGGAAUUUCUGUCAAAGAUCUGAUAGUUCUAGAUCUCUGCAGGAAAUUUUUGUACAAAAUAUUAUAUUAUUUGAUUUAGCAUUCUAUCAUGUAGUGUAUUUUUGUCCGCCAAUUUUUUUUUCAUGUAUCACAAUGAAAUAGAAGAAUUCCCAAAGUCUUUCCUAUGUUCAUUAUUUGUUUGCUCAUCCUUAAUUCAGAAUUGAUUUGCUAUUUA